GCUACGUUUCCACAUACACACAGUAACAGAGAGACGCAGGCGGCGGAUCCGCUGGGUGAAUGACAUGGGAGUGUCCGCGGGAAUGCACACAGGUUCGGUCAGAUAACGCUCGAAAAAUUGAAUCGCCAUAGGGCGGGACACGAGUGAGAAAGUAUUGUAAUUGAAGAAUAUCCAUGAGGCCUCGCCGUAGAUGACCUUGUUCAAGCGGAAAAGCGGGAGGCGAGCUGCGGGGCGGCUGUCGUCGGACUUGGUCCUGGCGCGGGUGAAUGCGUCAAGAUGAACGGGCUCAGGAGAGACGAGGACCAGCUCGUAGAUCUCAUCACGGAGUUCUCGAGGGAGUUUGAGAAAAGGGAAUGUUCCGCUGCGUUGGUCGCGUGCUGUGUGCUGUGGACGGGGAGAGCGAGGUUUCUGCCAACCGUACCUGUUGCUGUAGGUUUCGGCGCUAGGAGGGCGGAGGUUAGCUGCGGGUGGAAACUAGUUGGGAGGAGGAUGUAACGAAGGAGAUGGAGGUGGUGAUGGGGGAAAGGUAUGGGCGGAGAAAGAUAUAAGUUCUCUUGGACAGGGGGAGGAAGAGGUUUGGAUGGAAAUUUUGGAAGGUUGCGAGGUUACAGGAGAUGAUUGGCAAAAAUAGGAGGAAGUAUAAUUUGAGAAGUGAGGUGAGAAGGGUCGUGAGGAAUUGGGAAUGAAACAUGCGGGGGGGGAGGGGAUGGAGGAAAAUAGAGAGGAAUUCAGGGCAUGGUUUGAGAGGGGCAGAACAUUAAAGGUGAGUGAGAAUGGGUGGGUAUACAAUGGUAGAAAGGGACACAAAAGUUAACAUUCAAAGGUGGUUCGAAACACAACGAGGAAAUGGAAUAAAAGCAAAGAUAUGCAUACAAGUGAGUAGUCCGAGCCAGAUUGAAGGCCGCUGCCUGGGUCAGGUG